CGUCUUUGUUUAUAAAUGGCUGACAAGAAUUAGGGCAUUGCACGCUUCUUUCCUUUCUCUUCUGUUUGGGCUGAUAUUGCAUCCUUUUCCGUCUUUAAAACAAAAGAAAUGUCUGAAGACCCAAAGAUUCACAUUGAUUUCUAUAACUUUGAAGAUCCUGUGUAUGAAGACAGUAAAUAUGUUUUGACGAGUCCUAGGUCACUUGAGGCAUGUGCUAAAGUUGGAGUAAAGCCAGUGGACAUUCUGUACAAGCCUCUAACUGAUUUCCAGGAAGAACUUCUACCUCAAGACAUCCCACUAAGGACCAUUUAUAAUAUUUAUGAUGAACAUGAGCAAGAAAGACAAAGAUUACUCAAAUUAUGUAAAGAAGAAAGGAAGAAACUUGUUGAUGGAGAAGGUACCACUAAAAAAACAGCAAGGAGGAAGCUAGGCCUAAACACUACUUCACAGAAGACAGGCACGUCAACCCAAAGAAGAUCUAGAACACCAAACAGAUCGAAAAUUACCGGUACUAGGUCUCAAUCAGAGGAGGAUUUGAAGAAAACAAAAAGCAGUCUUCAAAGAACAAGAACUGCCUGGGCUACAUCUGUUGGUCACAAACGAGUUACUAAUGAUGAGUUAAAUAACAGGGUGAAAGAACUACAUGAAGAAAGCUUGAAAUUAAGAGAAGAAUUAUUGUCCAAGAAAGAAAAAAGAAACAGGCAAAGUCCAAAAUCUCGACCCAAAUCAACCCCAAUAAGAAGAUCAAGAAGUACAUCUAGUUUAGUGUCCAAUGGAAGUUCAUGUUUGUUGAAUAGAAGUACAAUUGAUAGUGCUCAACCAAUAUCUAAUACUAGACUGAAGAAAACACUGAAUAAAUCUAUAGAUACAAGUCAUGUGGUAGUCACACCAAGGGACCAAAGAAUUUUAGAACUAAUGAUGACAAAGGGUGAACAGGAGAGAGCAACUAACCGUGACAGAUUUAUAGCUGAUCUGACUUGGGAACAUCAGAGAAAAUUAGAAGAAGAAUCCAGGGUGCAGUCUGAAAUGAAAAGACGCAGGAUGCUAGCAGAGGAGAAUCGAAUCAAAUUAUUAAAAAAGAUGGAAUCAGAGAAAAGAAGACAAAGGAGGGAGAAAUCUCAAUUGGAAAGAAAAGAACAGUCACUGCACCAAGCAAUGCAGAAAUGGGAUAUCUCAUCAAGAACUCAACAAAAACAGAAGGAUCUUCAAAUAAAGGAAAGAAAAGACAAAGAACAGUUAAAGAGGAGAAUACAGACAAGGAACAAAAAAAUUAGAGCAAGAGAUGAGUUAGAAAUGAAAGACCUGAUGGUACAACAGCAAGAUUUUGAAAUAAAAUCUGUAGCUCAGAGGAAACAGGAUAGGAUACUUAGAGAUAGUUUAAUGAAAAUGUUGCAUAAUAGAAAAGAGAGAGAUCAAUUUGAAAGUCGUCAUACAGUUGUAGAGAAAGAGUCAAGGGAAAAUAGAAAAGACUUAGAAAAGGAUGUACAUAUAAAAAUGACAGAAUCUGAAAGGAAAUACCAAGAUGUUUUACAACAGAGGGAUAUACAGAUAAAUCUCAAUAAAUUAGAAAGGCAAAAGAAACAAGCCAUUGUAAGAACUUCUCAACAUAAAAUGGAGGAAGAACUGGAAGAAUGGAGAGAAAAUGUAAUAAACAAAAGAAAAGUGACUGAGAGACAAGCUAGUGAAAAUGCCAUCAAAACGAUAGAACAUAAAGCAUUAAAGGCCCAUGAUGAUCGUGUGAACAGAGAGAAAAUACAACAAAGAAACAUACAAAAGAUACAGGAUGAAGUUGAAGCCUGGAAACAGGAGACAGAGGAUUAUAUAGCUGUUAAAGAUCGGAAAAUACUGACAGCACAACAAGAAAAAGAUACCACUAUAUUACAGUCACGGUUUGUAGCAAGCCAGUCAUCACAAUUAAGAGAUGAACUGAAAGAAAGAUAUGGAGGAGAAAGCUUUGACAAGAAAUUAUUACGGGCAGAACUAUUUAAUAAAUUAGGUUUAGCUUAUACUAAACCAUCAACAACAUCUAAGUCAUGUAAAAAACGAUAGUGUAAUAGUAGUUAGGUUAUUGAAAUUAGAUAAUAAGCACAGAUCUUGAUUUGAUUAUAAGAAAGGUUUUCAUGUGAAAGUUAUAGGUAUGUCUAUUAAAAGCAAUGAUUGGUGAAGUGACAGUUUUUCUCACAGAAAACAUUUGUUGUUUGAAGGUGAAGUAGAUGUAUAGAUUUGUUAUUUUACAACAUCAGACCUUAUAAGUCAGAGAUAAUGGUUUUUAAUUUGUUUUAGUUACCCUAUGAAGUAAUUAUUAAAACUUGCAGUGUUUUUUAGUUGUCAGCAGAAGAAUAGUAUUCACAUUGGGACUAAGCAUACUAGAAUUUCAAUGUUUAUAAGACUUAAUUGAAGGUUGUUACAAAACAAAACAAAAGUUAUUUACUUAAUUAUGCAGAAAAUGUAUAUGGAGAAGUGAGUAUACUAGUAAAAUUCUGUUUCAUGUACAUGCUCAUAAUUAAAUAAGUGAGUGUAUAGGUAGUUUAACCCCUUCAAGUCCUUCAGUUUACAAACCUAUCAUACCACAUCUUAUUUUUAUACUAAUUCAAUGUCACUUUUAACAGUCAGAUUAGUGACUCACAUCUUCUGGAUUUGGAAAAAGAAUUCAUUUUAACUGUUUUUCAAGGUUUUAAAAAAUCCUUUUUUCAAGAGAAAAUGUGAAUGGAUCAUCUAAUAGCAUUUUCUCGUAUAAAUUAAUACCCAUAUUAUUUGUAAGGGAAGAGUUUGCACAGCAAAAACAAUUGUCAUUUUUUGUGAUUAAGAUUUUAUCAGGGACCAACGAAAGAAAUGUAAUGCAUAAGUCAGGUUUGGAACAUUAGACAAGUCAUGAGGAUUUCUUAUUUGUUGUUUUUUGACAUUGAAUAGGUCAAUAUUGCAUGCUUGAUUACAGAAAUAAUCAAAUCACAUAAACAUUAAUGUGGUAUUGCAAACUUCCACAUCAACAAAAAUUCGUCAAACAUUAGAUAUCAAUUUUAAUUCUAUGUAUUAAAAUGUAUCAAUUCUUUAAUGUGUUUGGAUACAUUUUUUUUUUAUUUACUUUGCCUUUGAUGUGUGAUAUGUUAACAACGAAAGCUACAUCUUUUUCCACAUACAAUGUACAAUUGUACAUUAAAGUUUUCAAUUAAUAGCGUAGUAGAGAAAAGCAAAUGUUGAAAGAGAUAUGUAUUGAAAUGAUUGCGAUUUUUCUCUCUCUUUUGAAAAUUUUACUCACUUAAGGGACCUGAAUCUACACUUUUUGCUAGUUUGAAAUUUGUUUGGCAUUAUAAAUUGUUUUCUUUUAUUUUUAAAGAUAUAAAAAUCUGUUCUUCAGAUAAAUUUUUAGUGUAUAUUAGAUCUUUGUCAAAUGUAUGUCUUUCUUUUUAUAUUUUAUGAUCUUGCAUUUAUUUGUACAUAAGUUGUAGGGAGUACCAGUAUAGUAUAUUUAUUUAUUUAUUAUAAUUUAGUAUCUUUUCAGUCUUAUUAAUAUUUUCUGUGAUAUACUGAUAAUUUUUAAAAGUUAGUUUGUAGUGUGAUGGUAGUAAUUUUCACACACAGAUGCAAAAUAUACAAUGUGUAAAUCAGGUGUUGUCAAUUUUAUGUAAAACACAAUAAAUCAAUGAAAAUUGAAAAUGAUUAACAUUAGUUGCAACAUGAAUUUAGUGGUAUUAAUGGAAAAUUGUAAUUGUACUGUCAGUAAUAAUCUUGUCAAAUAUUUUAUACUUUGUAUAUUUUUUUUUUUUUUUGGUCAAAGAAAUAAAUUUUACAUAUUGGACAAACUAUUUCUAGUAAGAACAUAUAACAAGAGCAUGACUGUGAUAUUUUUGAAAAUCAAUACUUGUUGUAGGGUAGCUAUCUUGUCAAAUUUUAUAGUAUAACUUAUAUAUUCAUAAAAUGAAUAAAAUGUAGUACAAGCAUA